ACCUUUUUUUCCCUGCAGAUUUUUUUUAUCUCCACACAGCCAAAAAGGAAUGACAAGAUUUUUUUCUCUCUCUCCUCUUCACCGCUCCCCGAUUUUCUCUCUCUACAAAACAAAUCUGUUACUCCGUCGCAAUUCAAUUUGAAGCCGAAAUUUUUGUGUCUUUAGGAGGAGGAUCCAACCGCGAUGGAUCGAGAUGGAGCAGGAUCCAACGGUGGAUCUUGCUACUACUCUGUUCUUGGCAUUCGUAGUGACGCAUCCUCCUCUGAUAUUCGCACCGCUUACCGGAAACUUGCUAUGAGAUGGCACCCUGAUAAAUGGACCCGGAACCCUGCAACUGCUGGAGAAGCAAAAUUACGGUUUCAGCAAAUUCAAGAAGCAUACUCAGUUCUCUCGGAUGAGUCUAAAAGAUCAAUGUACGAUGCUGGACUCUAUGAUCCUUUAGAAGAAGAAGAUGAAGAAUUUUGUGAUUUUAUGAGCGAAAUGAUUUCAAUGAUGAACAAUGUUAAAGAUGAGGGGGAUAGUUUUGAGGAUUUACAGAGGAUGUUCGUGGAGAUGGUGGGUGGUGGAGAUGGAAUGGGGUGUGAUAUGAAGCAGGAUCAGACGGCUGGGAAGAGAGGGCGAUCAAGUGGAUCAAAAGGCAACGCAGCCAAGCGCAGCAAUCAUCACCGAUAGCACGGUGUACUGGAUCCCUCCCUGUCGUGAUUGUAAACUUUUUCUUCAAUUUCUUAAUGUUAAUUGGAUGAUUGAAAUGAAAUCCUUACGAGGAUUAAAAUUCAAAAGUUUGAACAGAUCAGCUAGUUAUGAUUCGUGACUCGUA